AUAUUUUUUUAAAUUGAAUAUAUGCAUUUUGAUAGAAUAUCUGACUGCAGUACUAAAGAAGUUUCAUUCGAAACGAUUUGGGCCCGAGACAAUUAAUGUGAUGGAUCAGUCAGGAUCUGUGAACAAACUUUUUUUUUUUAAGAAAGCACUGGCUUUGGCUCUAGAUCUACUGAACUAAACAACUGAUAACAAAUGGUUUGAAAACUUUAUCUGAACAAUAUUUCUAUGUUUAAUCCAAAUAGUUUUAAUUGAAUCCCUGUGCACGUCUUACAAGUCGGGCUUUGUUCUUUUCACUGUAUUGAACAAUCGUAGAACGUGCCUACUUCAUCACCUACCGGCACAUCGAAGGCCAUGUGUGGCAUUAGCACAGACACUCCAGAUUUAAAACAAAUGAUGAACAACAUCAUAAUUCCUGACUUUUUGAGUUUGAGUAAUCAGCUACAUGUAUUACGAACGCAUGAAUUCCGAUCAAUAUCACUUUGACGCAUUAAAACAGCCAUAAAACCUGUGUUGCCGUUAUCAUUCCGGACCGCGUAAGCAGAAAAAAAAUAUUUCGGAGAUUUUUAUGUACGUGCGGGCGGGUGAUUUUUUUUUCUUUUUCCCGGGAAUGAAAUCAUUGAUGCGGUUGUUCCGACGAGCGACAAAUCAAUUUGGUAUGGCCUAACCUAUUAUCCUUUUUCUUUUGAAAAUAAAAUCUAACAAAAGGGUCAAAAAAUGAUAUAGACUAUUAAAAAUUUACUUAUCAGGGGUUCAAAAUUCUGAAUACGUGAUGCAGAUUCGAUGCAACAUUUGUUUCGAUGGAUUUUGGAAUUAAUUUCUGCUCGACGUACAUUUCAAAGAUACAAUUUUAAAAAAAAAACACACACAUUAUUUACAAAGAAUUGCUUCAAAUUGAAGAAAAUGUUUUUUUUUUUUUUUUUUUUUUGUUUUUGUUUUUUAUUGUUUUUUUUUUUUUUUGUAACGUUUGUUUGGUAAACUGUACUUUUUUUGCAUCUCUCAAGUUCUUGAUUUUGAAUGCACUUUUAUUAUGUUGAGAGUUUUCGAUUUUUUUUAUAGUAAUUAUAUGUUGUUACGUGUGCUGAAUAGCAUAAAGUGAACCCCUGCAUCUAAACAGUAGACACAUAUCUUAAAAAUGAACAAAAGUCAAAUUUUCUUUGACUUAUAAACUCGAAGGUUUGAACUUUGAAGUCAUGAGUUUCUUACAUUAUUCCAUACAAUGAUUGUUUUAAGUUUCACAUUACGUUUUAGUUUUGAGAAUCAUUUUUUAAGUAUCACCGUACAUAUUUUUAUUUCAGGUUUCUAACUGUACAUUAAGCAAUUUGAUAAGUUAUUUAACUUCAGUCAUUAUUGUCAUGAUAAAUAUGACUAAGACAUAAUAUGGCGCAAGACACUACGACAUAUAAGUACAUGUAAAACAACGUUGGUAAAUAGACUUACCGCUUAUUUUCUUAAUUAAACAGUUAAUUAAGUCAGUGUUUUAUUUGCUUGAAAAUUUUGUUUACAUAUUUCUUUACAUUUGAUAAGGUUUUCGUAUUUCUAAUAGAACCAAAUGACCACAUAAAUAAUCGGUCUUUAAUAUGCCUUUAUUGGUUGUAUCUUACAGACAUAUAGACUGGAUAUUAUAAUGGAAAAGGAUAUUCAGAUUCGGCAAACUACAAAAACUUGCCUUUGUAUUCGUUCAAGAACAUGAGCCAGUUCUGCUAGCUUAAAUUAGGUGACGUUAGUUUUUUUUUCUAAUAACACUAGAAGUCAAUACAUUUAAAUAAUUCACCUAAUAUAGGAUGAUGCAUUUUUUAACAUAUCAGCGCUGGUAUAACAUAUAAUUCUUCUUGAUAAUCUUGCAGAGCAAAUGUUGUUGAGUAUAGGGGUGAUACACGUUUUUGUGUAUUAACGUCGUCUGCAAAAGCCCGCUGUAAUGCUUGGGACCAAGACUGGAGAAUGAGAAUCCUAGACUAUCUUUUCAGCUUUUUUCAAGUCUAUUACCAUGGCAUUGUUUGAAGAAAUAUGUAUUCAUAUUGAGAUAAUAAGAAAAACAGAAAAUUUUAUGGUGCAACAAGUUCUAUUCGCAAAAAGUAAUAAGUUCUGUUUCAUUUAGGUAUCCAUACGUUUUCUUCGUUUAAGCUAUAUACUAUACAUUUUUAUCGUCUUGUAGACUUUGAUAGAAGUACUAGCUGAAAGAAGAGCCUAGUUGUUGAAUAAUCAGCUUUAAACGGAUAUGUGUGAAGAAAUCACACAAGAGUUCUUUUUCGCGUUCAGUUAAAUGUUUGUUAAAAAAAUUCAAUAAAAUGAUGAUAUUAAGAAAGGUGGAUAAAUAUUACCGUAGAAAAUUCAAUGUGGGUGUUUUCUUGUUGAUCAUUUCACUCAUGAUAUAUAUGCAUUCUAAACCAAGUAAACACUACAAUUCUUAUGUCAGUAUUGAAUAUGAAAAUGAUAAUAACAUUGAUAACCAAGAGAAACAGUAUGAUCUACGCGUCAUUGUUAUUGUUUAUGACAGGGCGCAUUCACUUCUCAGAUUGCUAAAAUCUCUAAACGAUGCAGAAUAUUUUUCUGAUUUAAUCAAAAUUGAAGUUUGGAUUGAUAGGUCCGAAAAGGGCAUCAUCAACGAAGCUACUUUAAAAACAGCUCGGAACUUUGUGUUUAAGCAUGGAGAAUACGAUGUAAAGUUACAUCGACAUCACGUUGGAAUCUAUGGACAAUGGUUUUCAACUUGGAAGCCAAAAUUGUGCUCAUCAGAAAUUGCUGUUAUUUUAGAAGAUGACUUAACUGUUUCUAAAUACUUCUGGAAAUAUUUGAAAUUGGUUCAUAAGACGUAUGAUAACUACACAGAUAUUAAUGGCUAUGCUUUACAAGGAUAUACAACAACUUUCGAUGUUAAAAAUCCACACAUACUUCAAGGACCAAAUUCGGGCUAUGUUUAUCUUUUCCCAGUUGUUGGUGCUUGGGGAUUUUCACCAAAAAAAAGCAAUUGGGAAAAAUUCAUAGACUGGUAUAACUUUGGAGAUGCCCGUACAACAAUACCGUAUGUUCCUGGAAAUCUUGCGACAGUGUGGUAUAAAGAACUUUUAAAAAAUGGAAGAUCUAAUACGAUGUGGGAAAUGUGGCAUAUAUAUUAUGCUUGGAAAAAUAACGAAUACACACUUUAUAGUAACUUUUCAAAUCGGACAGGACUGACGUGUAAUUGGAGAGAAAAAGGCUUACACUCAACCAAAAGUCAAGGUGAUUCAAACCCUCUACUGACCGAGUGGAAAAUAGAGUAUGAAAAUUUGCCGAAAGUACCAAUAUACUUAGAUGUUUCUGGAAAAGAGAAGAAGAAAAGAAGUUUAUGAAGUUAACUCCACCGAAGUGAUAAAGAAUAAUUAUAAUUUUGGUUGCUUUUAAUAAAGCGCGAUCUUUAAACAUAAAUCAUGUGUAUAUUCUGUGCAAUGUCCCAUGGAAAUUUUUUUUGACACAAUAUGAGAACUACAACUGAAAUUUUGUAGAAGAAAAACAACAUUAUUUAAGUUCGUUUAAAAGAAUCAAUAGGUAACAUAGUUAAAAUUAGAUUUGAAGGAAAAUGUCCAGGUUAAUUUGAAUAUGGACUUUGGAAAUUUAGGUGGUGAUUUAAAGAUGUCCUACAUAAAUUAAGAAUACAAAUCUGUGCCGUAUCUGUAUUUGUGUAUACAAUGUUCAUAAAACCACAACUCAAUUUCCAUAGAAAAUAAAUCCACAUCAGUGUAAGAACAAUUCAACGUUUUUUGGUGGUUUAAGCUGGUCUAAAUUCAAAACUGUAUUUUACAAAUACAUUUAUGUCAAUUUUGUAAACUUGAAAACCACUUGACUAAUAUGUAUAACUUUGAGGGAAAAUCUGCGAUUUUAUUGCAUGUGUAUUUACUUGAUUUUCGUUAUAUAGUGUGUCGAAGAGAUUAAAGAAAUAUAUAGAAGUCAGUGUGUGCAGCAAUAUUUCCUGUAUAUCAUUUUUUGUUUCUUUAAUUGCUGGAGCAACUAUUUAAUAGUCUUUGGUAACUGAUUUUCUUUUACAUAUACUGUGAAAUCAUUAAAAUUCGUGGGGGACUAAUAUUCGUGGAUUUCGUGGCUAAGUCAAUCCACGAAAUUUAAUUCUAACGAAUGAGUAAAAUUCCCAUUCAUUUUAUGCUCAAAAGUUGAAAUCCACGAAUUCUUAUCCCAACGAAAUUGCCGUUUUGACGAAACCACGAGAUUUUAUGCCCACGAAAUUAAAUGAUUUUACAGUAAUCAAGAUUGAUAACAGGUACCUUAUCAAUAAGAAAGUGAAUUUUCUCAGACGCGAAGCAAACCUCCGGUAAAAGAAAGCUGAACGUUUUCGGGGCAAACAUAAAAUUUUGCUCAUUCUGCUUGAGAGGCACAAAACGCUUUAACUGUUUGGCAAAAUAUUAAAUUUAGUGAAUACUUUCA